AUGUCGGCGCUGCCUUACCUCCAGAAAUUGCGCAAGAGCGAUCUGACCGAGUUCGCCGAGACGACCAAGCUGCGAGACUAUGCCAGUCUGAAGAAAGCCGAACUCGAAGUCGCGCUCGACGAGCAUUUGCGCAGCAACUCGACCACCUAUAGCAAAGAACCUUCACUGAACGAGUACUACAAACGUCUGGGCAGUACCUCGAGAUCCCCUGUCAAGAGAAUUGCCGAGAAGGUUUCCGACACGGUCAAAUCUGAUGAAGAGACAAUGGCGCCUCCCAAAAAGUCGCGGCGCAAGACCACUUCUCCCACAGAAGAGACAACCGACACGGAUUCGCCGGCCAAUGCUCUCAUUAGGCAGCCAGCCAAAGAGAUCGCGCGUCGUACUUCCAUCUUGACCUCGCAAAUCCCCAUCCCACCAUCGCCGGCGGUGGUUACAGAUGCCAUCGAUCAACAGACGCGUCGCAUGCGCGCUUCCAUCUCCCAAGCUUAUGACAGGACGCAAAUCCACGAAGUCGCUGAUCAGGCCCGUGACUACCUUUCAUCACCAUUGACCGUCACCGUCCUAGCCAUCCUGCUUGAAGCAUACGGCCUUCGCGCCCAAGUUCUACCCAACAAGUUGUUGACUGAAGUACCAGCCAUUCCCUACAUCAAGUCGACUAAGACACCAAUCAAUGUGCCGGAUCUCUUCCUGCUGCUAGACUCCAAGUUCUGGUCACCGUUCUCUCUGUGGACAUUGACAUCAUUCAUUCUUCCGGGAUUGAUUUCGUACUUCAUCAAUCUGCCACUCAAAGCUCACCCGAGUCAUACAUACUCGACGCGCCGAGCAGCUCUCCAACAUAACACGCAAAUGCAAUUUGAUCCCUUUAUUUUCAACCUCGCCAAGGGUUUGAUCGCCUACUUGGUCUACGCCCAGCACUUCAACAUUGCUGGCCUUUACCAACACUUCACCAUUGCUACGGUCAAUGAGAGCAUACUGGGCGGAUACUUUGCCAUCCUUAUCAGCUCAGGCCUCGGUGCAGCAGUCAGCUUGUACGAUGCUGUGUUGAGGAAAUAA